GCAGAUCCCACCGAAUUAUAAUAAUAUUAAAUUCUCCCCCACACUCUCACACACCAUCUCUUCAUAAAAACACACACAAUUCACCAUCAUUUCUGCUUGAUUAAUACUGUACUCUACAUACACACACCCACAUAUAGUACACCUACACACUUGCUAGCUAAAGUAAUCACUUAUAAGUACCGUUUUUAAAUCUAUAUAUAUUUUAUUACUUACUUUUUUGCUUUAAGUUACAUCUUCAAGAUGCUGCACGGAGCUUCACCACCUCCACCUCCGCCGGGAUUUGCGGGAAUUGGCGGUGCACCAGCGAUGGAAGUGGAGGAAGAAGGCGGCGGAGGUGGCGGUGAAGAGAGUGAGAGGACUUCCGGCAGCAGUGGCGGAAACAGGUGGCCGAAACAAGAGACUAUAGCGCUGUUGAAGAUACGAUCUGAAAUGGAUGCGGAGUUCAGAGAUUCGAGUCUUAAAGGACCAUUAUGGCAACAAGUUUCCGGGAAACUAGCUGAGCUCGGAUAUAAUAGAAGUGCCAAGAAAUGUAGAGAGAAGUUUGAGAAUGUUUACAAGUACAAUAAAAGAACCAAAGAUGGCCGGACUACAAAGCCGGAUGGCAAAACCUAUCGCUUUUUUGAUGAGUUACAAGCAUUGGAUACUCAAUCCUCCUCACAACCUGCUCGAAUUGUAGCCACUUCAUCAAUGUUACUCAAUACGACUACACAGACUAUUCCGACUAGUACUGUUUCAUCGACCCCAAGCCCCAUAGCAAGCACUCUCAACAUGUCUACAAAUCCGAUCCCUUCAAUUCGAGUUGGGGAUGUUCCAUCCUUUAACAUGGUUAGUCUCUCCAAUUCAACAUUUUCAUCCUCGUCUACUUCUUCAGACGAGCAACGUGGAGAGAGGAAGCGAAAGAGGAAGAGUAAAUGGAAGGACUUUUUUGAGGGCUUGAUGGGAGAAGUGAUCAAGAAGCAGGAGGAAUUGGAGAAGAAGUUUUUGGAUGAAUUGGAGAAAAGGGAACGGGAUAGAAUGAUCAGAGAAGAGGCUUGGAGAGUGCAAGAAAUGACUAGAAUCAACAGAGAGCAUGAGUUAUUAGUCCAAGAAAGAUCCAUGGCUGCUGCUAAAGACGCUGCUGUCCUUGAAUUCUUGCAGAAGAUAUCAGAUCAACAAAAAAAUCCUUCCUCAAACCCCAUCACUAUACCUCAGCUUCAGCAAUUACAGUUACAAAUUCAACCUCUAGUUCAGCCAUCACAACCACCGCCACCACCACCACCAAUCCCACAACAACUCGUGAUUCCACAACCGCAACCACAACCACAACCAUCAACUCCAGCAGUAGCACCACCGCAGCCACAAAGUAGCCGCGGUGGCACUGACAAUCUUCAACCCCCAGCUCCAUCCAGGUGGCCUAAAGCUGAAAUUGAAGCACUAAUCCUUCUAAGAAAAGACCUCGACAACAAGUACAAUGAGACAAGUCCAAAGGGACCAUUAUGGGAGGACAUUUCAGCUGGAAUGCGGAGAAUGGGAUACAAUCGUAACGCAAAGAGGUGCAAGGAGAAGUGGGAGAACAUCAAUAAGUACUACAAGAAGGUAAAAGAGAGCAACAAGAAAAGACCCGAAGAUGCUAAAACAUGCCCUUAUUUCCACCAGCUAGAUGCAUUGUACAAAGAAAAAUCUAAACUAUCACAUGGGUCAGCCAGCACUCCUAUGCUUCCCAAUAUAGUGCAGCCUGAACAACAAUGGCCUCUCCAGCAGCACCGCCAGCAGCAACAGGACACAGAAAUGGAGGACCCCGAAAGCGAGAACAACGAUAACUUCAACGAAGGUGACGAAGAAGACGGCGAGGAUGAUGAUGAUACCGGAGCAGGGUACGAGAUUGUGCCAAACAAGCAGCCAGCAUCUUCACAGGGAUUUUGAAAAGAAAAAAAAAAUUAUGGUUACUUUUUUCUUCUUUUAUUUUUGCCUUUUUAAAUUCACAUUUUUUAUUUUUUGUUUGCCUAAAUUAAAUAAUGUGGGGAUAAGACUUAAGAGAGAGAGAGAGAGAGAUAAAGAGGUUCAAAAGUUUGAUGAAUAAAAGGGAUAGCCGUUUGUUGUUUCUUUAUCUUUAGUAAUGGGGCUGUAAAAUGUCAGACAUGGUUAACUGUGUUGUCAUUCUUGAUCGAUGAAAUGAUAAGUUAAGUUCCGUGCA